AUGGGAAAAGGACAAAGUAAAAUAAAGAAUGGAGGAUCAGGUAAACCCGCCAAAGCAGGAAAACCAAAAAAAGGAAAUAAAAAUGAUGAAACAACACCAACAUCAACACCUACACCAACACCAACACCAACUCAACAAAAUUUAGAUAAUAGUGCACAACAACAACAACAACAACAACAAACGACUACAGCAGCAGUUUCAUUAGAUAAUAAAGAGCAACAACAACAACAAAAUAUACCAGCACCAGCUACCCAAACACCAAUUACUCAAACAGGUACACCAACUAUUGAAGAAUCACAAAAAAAUACAGAUAAUAAUAAUAUAAAUGGUGCAUCAAAUGAAGCAUCAAGUUCACCAGAUUCACCAAAUGGUAGUGGAAAUGGUAAUGAUGAUGAAGAUGAAGGACCAGAGGAAGUCAUUUUUUCAAAGAAUAAACAAUCAGCAACAAAAGAUGAUUUUGAAUUAUUAAAUGUAAUUGGUAAAGGUAGUUUUGGUAAAGUUAUGCAAGUUAAGAAAAAGGGUGAAGAUAAAAUCUUUGCUAUGAAAGUUUUACGUAAAGAUGCUAUCAUUGCUCGUAAACAAGUCAAUCAUACUAAAUCUGAGAAAACUAUCCUUCAAUGUAUUUCUCAUCCAUUCAUUGUAAAUUUACAUUAUGCUUUUCAAACAAAAGAUAAAUUAUAUAUGGUAUUAGAUUUUGUUAAUGGUGGUGAAUUAUUUUUCCAUUUAAAGAGAGAAGGUAGAUUUUCAGAACCAAGAGUAAAGAUUUAUGCAGCAGAGAUUGUAUCAGCAUUGGAUCAUUUACAUAAACAAGAUAUUGUAUAUCGUGAUUUGAAACCAGAGAAUAUUUUAUUAGAUAGUGAAGGUCAUAUUUGUAUCACUGAUUUUGGGUUAUCUAAAAAGAUUGAAACAACCGAUGGUACAUUCACUUUCUGUGGUACACCAGAGUAUUUAGCACCAGAGGUAUUGAAUGGUCAUGGUCAUGGUUGUGCCGUCGAUUGGUGGUCUCUUGGAACUCUUCUCUAUGAGAUGUUAACUGGUUUACCACCUUUCUACUCUCAAAAUGUAUCAACAAUGUAUCAAAAAAUUUUAAAUGGUGAAUUAAAAAUUCCAACUUAUAUUUCACCAGAAGCAAAAUCAUUAUUAGAAGGUUUAUUAACUAGAGAAGUUGAUAAAAGACUUGGAACUAAAGGUGGUGGUGAAGUUAAACAACAUCCAUGGUUCAAAAAUAUUGACUGGGAGAAAUUGGAUAGAAAAGAAGUUGAAGUUCACUUUAAACCAAAAGUUAAAUCUGGCACAGAUAUUAGUCAAAUUGAUCCAGUUUUCACUCAAGAAAGACCAAUGGAUAGUUUGGUUGAAACAAGUGCUUUAGGUGAUGCUAUGGGUAAAGAUACAAGCUUUGAAGGUUUCACUUAUGUAGCUGAUUCAAUCUUAAAGGAUUAA